UCUUUGAUGCAGGAAGUCUCCUAGAUAUCUCUUUUGCCAAGGCCCUGUUGAGACAGGAGUAAGAAAGAAUGUUACCAACAUGGCUGACCACAGGAGGCAAGGUUCCGUUUACUGCUUGUGUUCUGCAAAGCACCAUGAGGUUUCUUUGAGUUGGCUGGGUAGAGUAGUACGUCUCUGGAGUAUUUGGGUUUAUAACUCGGCAAAGAAAGCUGCUGGAUCAGAUUUCGGAGCAAGAGUUGGGAAUCAUUGGCAGAUCUGUGUAUGAUGGGCAAGAACAUGGGCUCUUCAUGGAGAAGCUGGAGGGGCGGAUUCGCAACCACGACCGCGAGAUCGAGAAGAUGUGCAACCAUCACUUCCAGGGCUUUGUGGACUCCAUCACAGAACUGCUUAAAGUGCGUGGAGAGGCGCAGAAACUCAAGGGCCAAGUGACUGAAACCAAUCAGAAGCUGCAGCACAAUGGCAGAGUGCUACUGACGACGAUGGACGAGUUGAGAUGUUGCCGUUUGCAACAGAGGAACAUUGCUACCACCAUCGACAAACUCACACACUGCCUUCCAGUGCUAGAAAUGUACAGCAGACUGCAAGAGCAGAUGAGAGCCAAAAGAUACUACCCUGCGUUGUGCACGUUGGAGCAGUUGGAGCAGAACUGCCUGCCGAAGGCGGGACAGUAUCGCUUCUGCGCCAUCAUGGCUGAGAACAUCCCAGUCUUGCGCACACACAUCAGAGACGUCUCCAUGUCUGACCUCAAAGACUUUCUGGAGAGCAUACGUAAACACUCGGACAAAAUUGGAGAGACUGCCAUUAAACAGGCACAGGUGAGAAGCUCUCUCGCGGUCACACGGCAGCAGCGGGCAGGCAGUGCGUGGAGAUUGCGUAAGGAGGCGGGGUCAGGCACAGAAAUGGACCGUUCAGGUGGCAGCCCUCUCUCAGAAGAGGAUUCUGGGAUACUUGAUGUAGAGGAUGAGGAUGACGAAGAGGUUCCUGGUGCUCAGGACUUGGUAGACUUCUCACCUGUCUAUCGCUGCUUACACAUCUACACAGUUCUGGGUGCCCGGGAUACGUUUGAGAACUACUACAGGAAACAGAGGAGGAAACAAGCUCGACUAGUGUUGCAGCCACAUUCGAACAUGCACGAAACCUUGGAGGGAUACAGGCAGUACUUCAAUCAAAUUGUAGGUUUUUUUGUAGUGGAGGACCACAUCCUGCAUACAACAAAAGGCCUAGUGAACAGAGCUUAUGUGGAGGAGUUAUGGGAACUAGCUCUGUCAAAGACCAUUGCAGCGCUACGUACUCACUCGUCAUACUGCACUGACCCUGACCUGAUUCUGGACCUGAAAAGCCUUAUAGUCCUGUUUGCAGACACAUUACAGGGUUAUGGGUUUCCCGUGAACCAGCUGUUUGACAUGGUGCUUGAGAUGAGAGAUCAAUAUGGAGAGAUUUUGCUGAAGAAGUGGAAUCAGUCCUUUAGGAAAAUCCUUGAUCAGGACAAUUACAGUCCUAUCCCUACAGCAACAGAAGAAGAGUACCGGCAAAUCACAAGCCAGUUCCCCUUCCAAGACUCAGAACUAGACAUGAUGCCUUUCCCAAAGAAGUUCCCAUUUUCUGAAUUUGUACCCAAAGUCUACUCCCAACUCAAAGAGUUUAUAUAUGCUUGCCUCAAAUACUCUGAGGACCUGCACCUUAGUUCUACAGAAAUUGAUGACAUGAUACGCAAGUCUACAAACUUGCUGCUCACAAGAACCCUCAGUAACUGCCUGCAGUAUGCCAUUAAGAAGAAGAAUGUGGGAUUAGCAGAGUUGGUUCAAAUCAUCGUUAACACGACGCACCUCGAGUUGUCAUGCCACUGCCUGGAAGAGUUCAUCUCCAACAUCACCAACGUGCCUCCAGACACAGUUAACAUCACCAAACUGUACGGCACCUCCACCUUUAAGGAUGCAAGGCAUACAGCAGAAGAGGAGAUCUACACUAACCUGAACCUAAAGAUUGAUCAGUUCCUGCAGCUGGCAGAUUAUGAUUGGAUGGCAGCUCAAGGGGGGGGUGAGGCCAGUGACUACCUGAGUGACCUCAUUGCCUUCCUCUGCAGCACCUUUGCUGUGUUCACACAUCUGCCUGGCAAUCCUAUAGAACACGCCAGACUGCCGGGAAAGGUUGCUCAGACAGCAUGUAUGUCUGCGUGUAAACAUCUGUCCACCUCCUUGCUGCAGCUGCUGCUUGAAGCUGAUGUCAGGCAGGUAUCUAUGGGAGCACUCCAGCAGUUCAACGUGGACGUCAAAGAGUGCGAGAGGUUUGCCAGGGCCGGCCCGGUGCCUGGCUUCCAGGGGGACACUCUGCUGCUCGCCUUCAUCGACUUGAGACAACUGUUGGAUCUCUUUACUCAGUGGGAUUGGUCUACAUACCUCGCUGACUAUGGACGUCCAACCUGCAAGUACCUGAGGGUCAGCCCGCAUACCGCUCUGGCCCUCCUAGAGAAGAUGAAGGACACUAGUCGGAAAAACAACAUGUUCGCUCAGUUCCGUAAGCAUGAGCGUGACAAGCAGAAGCUCAUUGACACCGUCGUCAAGCAGCUGCGGAACCUCAUUGCCAGCCACCAGACCUGAGUCCAUUGAUGGUUGCAUAUCAGUUAACUCCUCCAAUAUGAACUUCUUAAUUUGUCACUACCAGUAACAGCACCGACACCACACUGGUGACUGUUCGGGCUUUUGCUUUGUAAAAGAGCAAAAUGAAUAGACUUGCAAGACAGAUGGAAUAAACAAGAAUUGACAAAUAGGUGCCAUGGGUCUUUCAAAAUAAGUAUUUGUUUUACCCAAAUGGUUCCGGCUGUGGCAGUUUUGCAGUCCUUUCUCUAAGCCUUUUAAUGUCUUCCUGAGAGCGUCUCACUGGCAUCAGUGACCUACAUGACCAUGUAAGCACAACAUAGGGUUACCAGUUAUGUAGCCCCCUUUUUUUUUUUUUAAAACCUGUCUCUAUGAGACUUUGGUUAUUAGCGUCACAUAUCUAGCAACUGCACGUUUGACAAUAGGGACUUUAAGCAGUAAUGGCUGUAGAGAUGCUGCAGUGCCCAGUGCAUUUUUGAGUCUGGCUGCUUCAUGCCACGGUAGCCUUUCUGUCAACUAUAGCAAAACCCUCAGUUUACCAGUGUCUGUUAGAUUAAGGUCAUUUAGGAGUUAAUUUAACCCUUUCCCCCCAUGAGUUCAAUUGAAAUGUUGAUUGCACAAAAUAGUGACACUAUCAUUUUGGUAAAAAAAAAUAUAUACACACAGACACUGGCUAAUUUAAUAGAUUUAAUUCAUUUUAUUUUAAUGCAAUGUUACCAGCAGUUUACCUUUAAUAAAUAAAGAGGGCUUUUCUCUCCUUAUUGCUUUUUCCCCCCAGUGUUGAUUCAGAUUUAUUUCUGGUCACUGUAGCCCUUUUUGCAGCACUCAAUGCUAAGUCCCUAGUCUAUUUUAAACCAUCCUUAGUAGAUAGAAGUAGAUGGAUAUAUUGAAACAUCCUGUAUAUUGUAGCCUUAAGCCACUGCACAGUUAAGACUGCUAACUGAGCUGGAACACAGUCACUGUUUUCAUUUCUGGUGACACUGAUGAUUCAGUAAUUUCCCUUUAAAUAAAUAGUAAGGCAGAAACAAGUCGCAAAUUAGUUAUUUUAUGGCCUUAACCUACCGCAGGAGCUCCAUCAGCUGCUGUUAUUCUGUACAGGCUAGUUGCAAAUCUAGAUAGGGCUCCAGCAAGGAACAGCUCCCAGCAUUAUUGCCUGUAUAAUGUGUGUGUGUGUGUGUGUGUGUGUGUGUGUGUGUGUGUGUGUGUGUGUGUGCGCACCUAUGUUUGUGCUGUGGGUCAUUGUGGGUCUUUAUUUUAUUGAUGGGGUUUUCUCAUCAAUUGGGUGCAAUAUUACUACUAUUUUCAAACAGGGAAGAAAUCAUAAAAUCAUAGAAAAUUAGCUAAAGGUUUUAUUUUAUUAUUAUUAUUAUUAUUAUUAUUGUCAACACAGGAGGUUAUAGUUUUGGAUUUACAUGCUAUAGAUCACUUUUACAGUAUGUUCAUUGUGUGUGCGUGCAUAGGCCCUGCUCCUAGAAAAUGUAAUCAAAAUCUAAAGGGAAUAAUCAUUCAAAACAUUCAGUUUAGUGUGUGGGGGUGGGGGGUGUUGUUGGUUUAUUGGUUGUGCUCUACAUGUUGCCUUUUUUAAAGCUUGAUUUUGAGUCCUCUGUACCCGAACUUGGGUUAGUGCAGAGCCAUAGGAUGUGUGUGAGAGAGG